CCGGGCAAAUGACGGAAACUGGCCGGGGCCUGGUCUGGAAGGGGCGAGACGAGGGCGGUCCCGUCGCGCGUCACGAUGACUUCCGCUCCGGCGCCGCGGGCCUUGGCGAAUUUAUGCCCUCCACGCUCUGGGGCCUGUGACAGCGAGCUCCCUCCACCGGAAAGGGUGGGCGAAGCGAGCUGCCGCGUCCGGCUGUCUGUGUCACUUCGGCCGCCGAACGCUGGUUCUAGGUUUCCCGAGGCGGAGGGUCAGGCAGCGAGUGCAGCGCACCGAGGGUCGUGACCGUCCCGGAUCGGUCGUCCCUGCAGUUGUCCAGAGGCUGUCGCUUGCAGAGAGCGAGUAUCCUGUGCGGGCAGCUUGCGAAGAUAUGGAUCAGAAACUUUCACAGUUGAUAGAGGAGCUCACAACUUCAGGAGAAUCCCAACUGAAUGCUCAGAAAAUGAAGGAACUGAAGAAAAUUUGCAAGUCUUCCGAGGAGCAGCUGAGCCAUGCCUACCACCUGCUGAAGACACAGCUGGCCCAGGACCAUGCUGAGAUCCGCCUGUCAGCCUUCCAGAUCGUGGAUGCGCUCUUCACCAGGUCUCACCAGUUCAGAGUGCUGCUCGUUUCUGACUUCCAGGAAUUCCUCGAGCUCACACUGGGCACAGAUAAUGACCAUCCCCUGCCACCCCCACGGGAGGCAGCCCAGAGGCUAAAGCAGGCAGCCAUGCAGGCUGUGGAAGGUUGGAAUGAGAAGUUCGGGGAGGCCUAUAAGAAGCUGGCCUUGGGCUACCACUUCCUAAAGCACACCAAAAAGGUGGAUUUCCGGGAUGUCGAUGGUAGGACUGUGGCAGAAAGGAAGCGUGAAGAGGAGAAGCAGAAACACCUGGACAGAAUCCACAGAGAAAGUGCUGAGCGGGCUAAGAGGGAGAUGGAAGAAAUGUCUGAUGAAAUCCAAUCCUGCCUGACAGAAGUGGAGAACUGCUUUAAGCUGCUGGUGCCCUUGGACCUGGGCCCAUACAUAGAGGAUAAAUUCUUUGCUGAGGCAUCUGGCAUAACAGAGGGCCAUGUUCCUUGCACCUUGAGCUCAGACUUGGCAACUUCUUGUGAGUCUGGUCUCCCUGGCUCCCAGAAUGAAGAGCAGCCGUGCUGUAGCAAGGACCUGCUUGCCUCCACAUACCAUGUGGGAUCUGUUGUUGGACUGAAGGCACUAGCCCAAACAGCUGAGCAAGACCCCUCCAGGGACGAGGACGAGCACAGUGGCCCAGAGGAGUUCUUGAGGAGCCAUGGGCUGGGGUCCCACAAGUACACACUGGAUGUGGAACUCCCCUCAGAUGGUCUGAAGGUGCAAGAGAAUGAGGACAACCUGGCUGUCCUCCAUGCUGCUCGAGACUCACUCAAACUCAUUCAGAACAAGUUUCUGCCAACUGUGUGCUCCUGGGUCCAGCGGUUUACCCGUGGAGGAAUCUAUAGUGGACACUUAAAACAGGCCAUUGACCUGAAAAUGGAAUUGGAACUUGCUCUGAAGAAAUAUGAGGAACUGAACAUCCAGCCUGGGAAAGGGCAGAGGAGCAGGGGCUGCCUGGGCCCAGUGAGACUGAUCAUGCCUACCUUCAGUGGGAAGGCAGAGAUUGCUGCGCUCUGCUGUCAGUUGAAUGGACACUUCCCAGACCUGUCUCUACAAACUGAUGUGAACGAAAGGCACUGCUCUGAAGUCCUUGGAGAUUUUGCUUGCCGCAGCUGGAGAGCGAGAGAGGCGCUGCUUGUAGAUGAAGUGAUUGGCGGCUCCCGGACUGUGAGUGGCAGCGCCCAGGCUCAGACAGAAGCCCUGGAAGACAGCGAGGAUGAGGAUCAGGACUUCGUGGAGGUCCCAGAGAAAGAGGGUUAUGAACCUCGAAUCCCUGACCACCUCCGGGCUGAAUAUGGGCUGGAGCCAAAGGCCUCACUGAAGACUCUCGAGAAAGGUAGAGCUGUGUGCAGCUUACAGGAGAGGACAAGGAUGAGAAAGGAAGAGGAGGCAUCAGACCCCACCUCUGCAGCUGCCCAGCUAUUGCGGCUCCAGGACAGCUUGCCGUCCACUUCACCCUCCUCUACCAGGUUACUUCUGGGGCCAAAGGAAGCCCAGAAGCAGGCGGAGCGGGCUCGAGCACCCAUUGUACCCUUUGGAGUGGACCUGUGUUACUGGGGCCAGGAGAAACUAACAGCUGGAAAGAUCCUUAAAUCUGACUCUCAACACCGCUUCUGGAAACCCAGCGAGGUAGAGGAGGAGGUGGACAGUGCCCAUGUUUCUGAGAUGCUCCAUAGCCGACACAUUACCUUUGCAGGGAAGUUUGAGCCCGUGCAGCACCAGUGCCGGGCCCUGAAGCCUAAUGGCAGGCUCUGCGAGCGCCAGGAUCGGCUGAAGUGCCCAUUCCAUGGGAAGAUCAUCCCCAGAGAUGACAAGGGGCAGCCCCUCAACCCAGAGGACAGAGCCCGUGAACAAAGGCAGCAGCUUCAGCAGCAGCAGGCGCAUCCAGAUUGGCAGGACCCUGAGUUUAUGAAGGACGUGGAGGCAGCCACAGGGGUGGACCUCGGCUCAUCCAAGUAUGGCAAGAAGGGCAAAGGGAAAAAGAAGAAGCACCCCAACCUCACCGACCUCCGAGAGCGUGCCAACACCUCCCGGGCCCGCCUGGAGAAGAAGGUCUUUGCCAAGGCAGCCGUGCAGAGAGUUGUUGCUGCCAUGAACCAGAUGGACCAGAAGAAACAUGAGAAGUUUGCGAACCAGUUUAAUUAUGCACUGAAUUAAAAGAGUGUGGGAUGAA